CGAGGAAUGAAAUUGUCGAGGAGAAAACGUUCAUAUUGCGCUUGCGCGGCGAUCUCUUUCUCUCUCUCUCUCUCUCUCUCUCUCUCUCUCUGCUGUGUGAAAAGGAGGAAGAGAAGGGGAAAUCCACUUGUCAGUCGACUCGGGAUAGGUGAUGGUAGUAGAAUGCGAAAUGCGAAACGGACAGACCGUGGUACGAAACUCUACCCGCAGUGGCAAUGGACUACAAGGUGCAUAUCGAUGCCGGAAAGGAGGAUUGCUAUUUCCAAUUUGUAAAUCCAGGCGCAACUUUCUACGUCAGCUUCCAGGUACUACGUGGUGGAGAUGGAAAGGCCGGAUUUGCAGUGAGAAAUCCGGAAGGCGUGAUCGUUCAUCCAUAUCAAUGGAGAACAGACGUGGAUUAUCAAGAUCAGUCAGUUACCGGAGGUUAUUAUAGUGUUUGCAUCGACAAUCAGUUUUCCAGAUUUGCCCCGAAAUUGGUGAAUUUGUAUAUCACAGUUAUCAGGUACGAUCAAUGGGAAAAAUAUACCAAGGAAUUGGAGGAGCUAAAUCUGUCGGUUGAAAAUUUCACUAGUACGUUAAGAGGCGUGGAGAAAAACAUCAAUGACAUAUUGCAAACGCAACAUUUGAGCCGUAGCCGAGAAGCAAGAGAUUUAAAUUUGCUUUUGGACAAUAAUUUUUACGUUCAAACGUGGUCCAUCGCGCAAAUAAUUGUUAUUACGGUGACUACUAUGAUACAGGUUUACUUUGUUAAAAGAUUAUUUCAAGUUAGACCAUCGAGAUAUUCGAAGGCGAGCCUCUGAUUAACUUUAAUAAGAAUACAAUGGGAAGACAAUGUUCGAUGUUUUCUCUAUGGCGAUAGUAUGACCUUAUCGGGGUAUAUUAAAUCUUAUUUUUUUUUUUUUUUUUUCGUUUAUAAAACACAUUUUAUACAAACCAUUGUAUCUUUCUAUUCGAUUACGAGGCGCGUAAUUUUUAAUGCUGAAAUUUAAUUCUCAAAUUUUCUAUAUUUUUGAUAAAAUUUGAAAUAUUUCAAUUCAACAAUAUUUACAUAAAACACGUUACCAAGACACUAUAAGUUACUCUUCUCGCAAUACUCUUCUCGUACGACUGAUGCAAUUGAAUUAAGACUGUAUACCAUUAUCUUGAUAGAAGAAACAUUCCACCAAUUGUAAGAUCCGUUUGAACAUCCUUUCACUGUAUAUCGAUGAUAACAAGGAGAGGUGAUAUAUAGAUUUAUUAAACGGUCUCCAUGUUUAAAUUACAUUGAAAUUUAUGUACAUAAUUGUACGAACAAUAAAUGCAGACAUACUUUUGUUACGAUACGCUUUGCAGACGAUCGGCCAAGUUUUGUUUCGCUCUUCUUUGUAAAACGCUACCCGUAAGGGCUAACAGACGAUGUCUCUGCUUCAAGUUUCUCGCGCGCACGUGUUCAGAGGCAACUUCUUUCGUAUAAUUAGCAGGAAACCAACCUUGCUCGCCGUUCAAUAGCUUCUCGCCGUGAUACCAGCCAUCCGUCAUUUUUCUCAUUACGUUAAUAACAUCUCCUACGUACGAUUAAUAAAGUAAAAGUUUGCUUUUAAUAAAGAACAUAUUUUUUCAUCGUCUUACCUGGUUGCAAUGUAAGCUCAUCGGGUUGGCUCGGCGAGUAAGAAUAAAGAGCCAUUACUUGAGGACAAUCCCAGGCUUCGUAAAGCGUUUCUCCGAACGUUUCUCGUUUAGGCGGCGAUAUAGCUUCCAACCACCUUUCUCUUUCCGUAUUGCUUUCACAGGUUAAAACAUAUUCAGCCUGCUUACCGGAAUAAUUUUCCAAAAGAGUUAACAUCAUUGCAUUGCGACCAGCAAAGGGUGAAUCCUCGGAAACGGUUUCCAAGGCAAGAAGAUUUCUUUUGCAAACGUCCGUUACGAUGUAAGCUUCGUCGUGAGUACUGCUAAUGGAAAGAAGGGAGAAUUCAUUAAUAUAGGCUUAUUUCCCAUGAUGAGCGUAUUUUUCAUACGAAAAGCAUUUUAAGCAUUCAUCAUAGGAGCUAAUUUAAUGAUUUCAUCAUUAUUAUUUUUUUCUUUCAUAUAGACAUACUUGUGUUUAAUCUUUGUGACUAGAAGAUAAUCUGUAAGUAGAAAAAGGUAUAGCGGUGUUUUGUUGAACUUCUUCCCAAAUGUAAGCUUAUAUUCCAUAUCCGCCUUCAUAGUUAAGCGUAUAACGGGUCCUUUUUUAAUUAAACGUCGAUUUUUUAAU